CUUCAAAGUGCACUCAAACUUCAAUUAUAGCUAUGGAUGUCCAAAGCAACUACGUGAUGAUUGGUAACAGUCAGCCAUUUCUUGACUAUCAGACGGCCAGGUCCACCCAAAACAAGAUGAAGCGCUCUGAUUUUCCUGAAGAUUUUACAUUUGGCGCUGGAACAUCAUGUUUUCAGAUUGAAGGUGCUUGGAAUGUAGGUGGUAAAACCAAGAGUAUUUGGGAUGUUUUUUCAAUGACAAAACCUGGUAAUAUUGCCGAUGGUAGCAAUGGGUGUGUUGCUGCAGAUCAAUAUAAUAUGUUCCGGGAUGACGUGGCUUUGAUAAAGAAAGUGGGUUUGGAUUCAUACAAAUUUUCAAUUUCAUGGAGUAGAAUUUUGCCAGGAGGAAGGCUAUCUACUGGCGUAUCUAGGGAAGGAGUUAGGUACUAUAGCGAUUUAAUAGACGCACUCUUGGCAGCAGAUAUUCAGCCAUCUAUAACGCUCUUCCACUGGGAUGUUCCUCAGUGUUUGGAAGAUGAGUAUGGUGGUUUUUUAAGUCGCAAAAUCGUGAAGGACUUUUGUGAAUACGCUGAGGUUUGCUUCUGGGAAUUCGGUGAUCGGGUGAAAAAUUGGUAUACAACGAAUGAGGCUUGGUCCUUUUCUGUUCAAGGAUAUGCGACUGGCUUGUUUGCCCCUGGACGUGGUAGACCACAAGAAGCUAUAACAGAGAAAGAGAGACAAAAGAGGACCCGUUUUCAGAGAAGUGUAAAUCUUCCUAAUUGUAUAAUCGACGCGGGGAACCCCGGCACAGAACCAUAUAUUGUGGGUCACAAUUUGAUCCUUUCUCAUGCACACGCAGUUGAUAUAUAUAGGAGAAAAUUUCAGGAAAGUCAAGGAGGCAGAAUAGGGAUGAUAAAUUGCACUUUCUGGUAUGAGCCUCUUACAGACUCUGAAGAAGAUCGGGCUGCUGCUGCUAGGGAACUUGAUUUUGUACUGGGAUGGUUUGUAGAACCGUUAGUAACAGGUGAAUAUCCAGAAAGUAUGAUAAAUAAUGUAGGAGAACGUCUUCCGAAAUUUACGCCAGAAGAGGAGAAUCUUGUGAAAGGAUCUUACGACUAUUUAGGCAUAAACUAUUAUACGACUAAUUAUAUCAGCAAUGAUACAACAACCCCUACAACCGAUAGUUACCUCACUGAUGCACGCACCAUAGCGUCAAGUAAGUAUGAAGAUCUUAUUUUGGAUAUUGUUAUCGACUUUAUCACCACAAAUUACCCUGAUUCUAAUUUCUCUCAUUCUUGUUUAGUUGAGCGUAAUGGGGUGCCCAUUGGUGCGAAGGCCGGUUCGGAUUGGUUAUACGUUGUUCCAUGGGGAAUUUACAAACUCUUGCUUGAAAUAAAGAACAGAUACAAUGAGCCCAUAAUUUAUAUUACAGAAAAUGGGAUGGAUGACGUUAACAAUAAGGCCCUAAAUGUUGCACAAUCUCUGUCAGAUAAGAUGAGGAUUGAUUAUCACAAUGAUCAUCUAUACUACAUUAAGCAAGCAAUUAAACAAGGUGUAAAUGUGAGGGGUUAUUACUUGUGGUCUAUGUUUGACAAUUUCGAAUGGAUCUCGGGAUACACCUCUAGAUUUGGAAUUAUUUAUGUAGACUUUGAUGAUGGAGUAACAUCAAGAUACCCAAAAGACUCAGCUAUUUGGUGGAAGAAUUUCCUCAGUAAGAAGGCUACUCCCUUGAAGAAACAAACUGAAGACCAAUAUGAAGAAGGCCGUAAAAGGCUAAGAAGAAGCUAAUUAAAUUUAAAGCAAUUAGUGCUUCCUCAAUGUUAUGCUGAAUAAUGAAUGCUUGCUUGCAGCAGCUGUUUUUCCUUUAAUUUGUUUUCUUUUCUUGUUGGUUGAGCAAGCGAUGUUUCAGCUUGUACUCAGUUUGAUCAUUGUAAUUCGUGAAAUAAAAUAUUUGGGACUCUUUACGUUCCAAUUAUAGUUUUA